AUGGUACCGGGCAAUUCCAGAAACCUUACGGCCGACGAUAUCGCUGUUCGCGACAUCAGGAAGCUGGUUAUUGACUGCUGUCGACAAAACGGGGGCGGCCAUGGUGGCUCAGCAAUUGGCAUGGCGCCGCUGGGCGUCGCCCUUUGGCGCCACACGCUUCGAUUCAGCACGAAGAAUCCCGCAUGGUUCGACCGGGAUAGAUUCGUUCUAUCAAACGGACACGCAGCAAUCUUCCUAUACGUCAUGCUCCAUGUCGCAGGGUACCCACACAUGACCCUUGACGAGCUCAAGAUGUACGCAGAUCCAAAGGCCUUUGACCACAAGACAGGUACAUGGAAAUCUACCAUCUGUCAUGGGCACCCGGAAAUCGAGGUACCUGGGGUUGAAGUAACGACGGGCCCUCUUGGACAAGGAAUUGCCAACGCCGUUGGUCUGGCCAUCGCAUCCAAGCAUCUGGCAGCGACAUUUAACAAGCCGGGAUACGACAUCAUACAAUCCCGAGUAUACUGCUCAACUGGUGAUGGAUGUCUCCAAGAGGGCGUGGCGAUGGAGGCCAUGGCAGUUGCAGGUCAUCUAAAGCUGGACAAUCUUGUCUUGUGCUAUGACAAUAACCAGGUCACAUGCGAUGGACCCCUGGAGUGGAUCGUCUCGGAGGAUACCAACUCAAAGAUGAGGUCCAUGGGUUGGAACGUGAUCGACGUCUUUGAUGGCGACAACUCGGUUGAGAGCAUCGUCAACGCUCUCAACCUUGGCAAAGCAACAAAGCACAUGCCGACAUUCAUCAAUAUCAGGUCAACAAUCGGCUACGGCACAGCGACCGCUGGGACAGCCAAGUCUCACCACGGAACCUACAGUGAGGCAGACGCUGCCUUGUACGCCGAGACUAGUGACCAGGCCUCACACCGCGUCUCCAAGGAGUGCAAAGCAUAUUUUAACGAGCGGGCAGAUCAAGGCAAUCGUGGCCAAGAUCUCUGGCUUGAGAUGCUCGACCGUUACUGUCAAGACUUCCCCAGGGAAGGAACGCUUCUUCGUGCCCGAAUCGCGGGCGAGGUGAACUACAGCGACGUGCUUUCACGCAUACAGUUCCCCCAGGAGCCCACUGCUGCACGUUCUCUCAAUGGAAUCAUUUUUCAGCAAUUAAUGGACCACAUCCCUAACAUUAUUGCCGGGGGCGCUGAUUUGUGGACUUCCAAUCAGAUGGGUGACCACUCGCACCGAAUCUUUGAUGGAUCAAGGCGCGAGGGCCGAGUCAUCCGCUAUGGGAUCCGUGAGCAUGCCAUGGCCGCGAUUUCGAAUGGCCUAGCUGCCUACUCUCCCAAUGUUAUAAUUCCCGUUACCGCAACCUUCUUCAUGUUCUAUCUUUACGCCGCUCCUGGAGUAAGGAUGGGGGCGCUGAGCUCUCUCAAAGUCAUCCAUGUUGCCACGCAUGACUCUAUUGGAGAGGGGCAGAAUGGGCCGACCCAUCAGCCCGUGGAGCUUGACUCCCUGUAUCGUGCCAUGCCCAACCUACUCUAUAUCCGCCCUGCCGACGGCGAGGAGAUCAUCGGUGCGUGGUCUUCAGCCCUAGAGGUCCAAGGGCAACCAGUCAUUAUAUCCCUUGCCAGAGAUCCGCCUGAAAUCACAAUACCAAAUACAAGCCGCACGAAAGUAUCCAAAGGAGGUUACGUUAUCGUGGACCACCCCAAGCCAGUCGUGACUCUUGUAUCUUGUGGCUCCGAGCUACAGUUUGCUAUUGGUGCGGCUGCUAAACUAGGAGAAGAAGGAAUUGGUACGAGGGUUUCGAGACUCUCACUUCGAACUCUGAUUGAGGUCCUAGCAGAACGAGUUACCCAGCUCAGCGACUUCAUCCAAGAUAACUCACUGGAGGCGCCUGGCAUGGAUAAGAAGGAUGAGGUAAUGGUCAUGAAGAGUCUCUGCCAGGCGCGAUUUCGUCUAUUGAGGAGGCGAAAGAAGUUUUCGAGGGAAACAACACCUACCGUGCCACAGAAUUACGACGCCUCAAUUCCCACACCGCCCGCGUCGUAUGCUGGAAGACAUAGCCAACUUCUUUCAGGCACACAACUACUGGACUCGAGCCCUUUUCAAGACGACAGUGGUGAUGACAACAGUCCAACGGCAAGACACAAACACUCCAAGGUCAACUCUGUCGUUUCGAUGUAUCCCAAUCAGGGCGAUUCGGACAUUGGCCCUGUCGAGGAUAGUAAAUCACUAGAUGUCGGCCCCAUGGGUUACACACCAUCCAGCAUCAACGAUCCUGGCAAUCUAGGCUUUGGGAUCCAGCUAAGCUGGGGAGGAAUGCCAGAUCUCUUGUCCCCAGAAUUGAUGGCAGAAUCAUGGGCCAAAAUACCACCUGGUAUUGGUUCACAAACGCCUACUGAUGACUCGGAAGUCGUACAUCGCCUUGCUGAACAGCUCUCAGAUCGGUUUGGAUCACUGAACAUACAUGAAGGCGGUCAGAUUCGGCAUCAUGGCCCCACCUCCAACUUCAACUUGGUCCAUAUGCCCGAACCCGAUAAGCUGACAAUCCACCGUACUGUUCGAGAUCACGGUCAAGAGUGUUUGAGUGCGCUGGGUCUAGGUCAAGCUGUUUCUUCUGAACUAGUGCAACAUCUCACCAAUCUCUUUUUUGUUUGGCAGAAUCCGAUACUCUGCAUUGUAAACCGGCCUGUGUUUGAAAAGGCUAAAAUGGCCUGGCAUAACAGGGCUCAGAACACACGGUACUUUUCGGAAGCUCUCAUGAACUCGAUAUGCGCCGCGGGUGCUAUGUUCGAAUCACGGCACUCUCCUAGCCUUGACACUUUUCCUCGGUCGCUCUCGGACUUCUUCGCUGACCGGGCCAAAGCUCUACUCGAGAUUGAGUUAGACGAUCCUACUGUCGCUACAGUCCAAGCAAUGGUCAUACUUACUGGUCACGAGAUUGGCUGCAGGAGGGACACACGUGGCUGGCUUUAUAGUGGUAUGGCUGUUCGACUUGCGUUUGACCUAGCAUUGCAUCUCGAUCUCUCCCGGGACGUGGAGAAAGGAUUUGUAACACAGCAAGAAGCAGAUCUCCGAAGGGAUGUAUUUUGGAGUGCGUACAACUCUGACUGCAUGUGGAAGUAUUCAAUCGGACGUCCAGGUUAUAUCAGUUUGGGAGAUGUCACCAUUUCCAGGCCUGCGGAUCGCACAGGUAAUGAUAUUGCUGAAGAGUGGUCUCCAUAUACGAGCUAUGCGAGUUUGACCUGUUCGAUUGCGUUACCGGAUUUCGCUAAGGAGGUGCACCGUCAACGAACAAUUCUCUACGAGAUACUCACCCCUCUUAUGCACGGUUUGUAA